AAUUGCCAAUUUAAUCUUAGCUCCGGGAAGCUAGUAGCCAACAACGUCAAGUCAUCCCUGUAAGGCUGCGACUCACAUACCAUUCCACGAGCCUUGAAACGGCACCGAAGCCAUCGUUUCGAACGUACUCCAUAUUACGUGUGCUAGAAUAUCUCUGCUCUUCUCGCUCGCUCGCUCGCUUUCGCUUCUUCCCAAGGCAAAUCUUUUUCUGCUUUCAGCCGACGGAUGGGAUGGGGAAACAUCUAUGGAAGGCGUCUGAAAGUGUUUACAGCUGCUUUAAUAAUCUACCUUGAUUAUAAGACUUUACAGCAGAGAGAAAAAUGGAUUAGCACACAUAAAAGAGCUGCUCUAUGGGAAAAGGCUCAUCAACGCAAUGCUAAGCGUGUUCUCAGUUUGAUAAUAGAGUUGGAAGGUUUGUGGGUGAAACUUGGACAGUAUUUAUCUACACGUGCUGAUGUGCUUCCUGAGGCCUAUAUAUGCCUUCUCAAGCAGCUACAAGAUUCACUUCCUCCUCGCCCUUUGCAAGAGGUUUGCCGGACUAUACAGAAAGAGCUGGGGAAGUCUAUGGAUGAUCUGUUCUUAGAUUUUGUCAAAAUUCCUUUAGCAACAGCAUCAAUAGCACAAGUUCAUCGUGCAACUCUUCGUAAUGGCCAGGAGGUGGUCGUUAAAGUACAGCAUGAGGGCAUCAAAACAGUCAUAUUGGAGGACCUAAAGAAUGCAAAAUCAAUAGUAGAUUGGAUAGCAUGGGCGGAACCUCAGUUUGACUUCAGCCCAAUGAUAGAGGAAUGGUGCAGAGAAGCCCCCAAAGAACUUGACUUCAAUCGUGAAGCUGAAAAUACCAGAGUCGUCGCUAGAAACUUAGGCUGCAGAGACAAACACGAUGAUAAUGUGCCUGUCAAUAAAGUGCACGUGUUAAUUCCAGAAGUUAUUCAGUCUACUGAAAAAGUCCUCAUUUUAGAGUAUAUGGAUGGGAUUCGUUUGAAUGACUCUGAAUCAUUGGAAGCUUUUGAUGUUGACAAGCAAAAGAUUGUUGAAGAAAUAACGCGUGCAUAUGCUCACCAAAUUUAUGUAGAUGGAUUUUUUAAUGGGGAUCCUCAUCCUGGAAAUUUUCUUGUUAGCAAGGAGCCUCCACAUUGUCCAAUUUUGCUUGACUUUGGCCUUACAAAGUUGCUAUCAAGCCCUAUUAAACGAGCACUUGCUAAAAUGUUUCUGGCUGCUGCUGAGGGGGACCAUGUGGCUCUUUUAUCUUCAUUUGCAGAAAUGGGACUUAAGUUGCGGCUGGAUAUACCAGAGCAAGCUAUGGAGGUUACAAGUAUAUUCUUUCGUACUUCAACACCGGCAAAUGAAGCUCUUGCAAACAUGCAAUCUUUUGCUGAGCAAAGAACCAAAAAUAUGAAAGUUGUUCAGGAAAAGAUGAAGCUCAGCCAAAAAGAAGUUAAACGCUUUAAUCCUGUUGAUGCUUUUCCGGGUGAUAUCGUAAUUUUUUCACGGGUCCUCAAUCUUCUCAGAGGGCUUUCAUCUAUGAUGAAUGUUCGCAUAAUUUAUUUGGAUAUAAUGAAACCAUUUGCUGAAUCUGUUUUACAAGGAGACAUAAAUAAAGGACCAGCAGUUAAUUCAGAAUGGAUCUACAACACACCUGUCCAUUCUGAUGUGGAGGCUAAGCUGAGGAAGUUCUUAAUUGAGCGGGGGAAUGAUAAUAAAAUACUUGGAAUCCAGGUAUGUGCCUACAAGGAUGGACAGGUUGUUAUUGAUACUGCAGCGGGAGUGCUUGGGAAAUAUGAUCCUCGUCCAGUUCAGCCUGAUAGUCUAUUUCCUGUGUUUUCUGCAACAAAGGGUAUUACAGCAGGAAUGUUACAUUGGCUCAUUGACAAUGGGAAACUGAAGCUUGAGGAAAAUGUUGCAAAUAUUUGGCCGGAAUUCAGAUCAAAUAAAAAAGAUCAAAUAAAGGUUCAUCAUGUGCUUAACCACACAUCUGGUUUGCACAAUGCAUUGGCUGAACUUAUGAGAGAGAAUCCCUUCUUGAUGGCUGACUGGGACGAGUGUUUGAAUCGCAUUACUAUGUCAGUCCCUGAGACUGCACCCGGCAGUAAACAGUUGUAUCAUUAUCUAUCUUUUGGUUGGUUAUGUGGUGGAAUUAUUGAGCAUGCAUCCGGGAAGAAAUUUCAGCAGAUUCUUGAAGAAGCAUUUAUUCACCCCCUUGAUAUCAACGGCGAGCUUUACAUUGGAAUUCCUCCAGGCGUCGAAUCUCGGCUUGCAACACUAACCGUAGAUAUGGAUGAUUUCCACAUGGUAUCAUCAGUGAUGAGAGAUCGUCCCGAGCUUCCUUCCAGCUUCCAGCCAGGCAACAUUGUUCAGAUGGCAACCACUCUUCCUGCUCUGUUUAACACAUUAAAUGCUCGACGUGCCAUAAUACCUGCUGCUAAUGGACAUUGCUCAGCCCGUGCGCUGGCACGCUACUAUGCAACCUUAGCUGAUGGAGGCAUUGUCCCACCCCCACAUUCCUCCUCUUCCAUGCCACUGCUUGGGAGUCAUCCCCACAUCCCCAAAUUCUCUUCUGAGAAACCUUCCAAGAAGCAGAAAGUUAAAUUGAGCAAGGAGCAAAAAUGCGGUAAAGAUUUUGCUAGUCCUGACCAUUACAUUCGGCUUCCUACCAAUAUUAGUAGCAUUGGUAGCGAUCCUAGUACAAGUAUUGACAUUGUAAGUGAUGAUGGUCCUCAAAAUCACACUGUUGGUAAAGUUUUUAGUAACCCGAAAAUUCAUGAUGCAUUCUUGGGUGCGGGUGAGUACGAGAACAUGGCCCUCCCAAAUGGGAAAUUUGGGCUAGGGUUCAAGAGGUACCAUUUGGAGGACGGAUCACUGUGUGGCUUUGGGCACUCAGGCAUGGGCGGGUCAACAGGCUUAUGUGACAUAAAUCACAGGUUUGCUAUUGCUGUGACUCUGAACAAAAUGUCUAUUGGGAUCAUGACUGGGGAGAUCAUUCGGUUUGUAUGCUCAGAGCUGAAUGUGCCAGUACCGGAGGGGUUUUUAACGGCCGGUGGGCGGGGAGAUGAUAACCAGUUAAAUCUAGGGAAGCAGCCCCUGAUUAACUGAGAAUGCAAAAGCUUUUUCCUUUCCCGCAUUCUUGUUACCUCUUACAACACAAUAUAAUUUUUGAACAAAGUUCUUAUGUGCCCAGUUAUGCGGCUAAUAUGCAGUGCAUUAAGGUAGUGUGAUUUAUACAUAGAACAAUUGUACAUGAAAAUUUAUACAGAGUAUACAGUUGAUACAUAAAUAUAUUUAUUGCAGGCCAAAAGAAAGUAAGGACGGAUCCAGUUUGAAUUGAA